AUGACGAAUUUUAAAAAUGGGCUUUUUGGGUCGGAAAAAUAUUUGCUUUUAGGCACAGUUUUAUUUUUGGUGGUCUAUUGUCAAUUUCUGCCUACUAUACUAGCAUCCAGGGGCAGGCCGAAAAGCAACGUGCCAGACUUGGCUUUCUCUUUGCUCUUCCGAAACCAACGCAACCACCGUGAAUAUGCUCCACUCUGGCCAAAUUUCAAUGCAAGUGGUCAUUGGGCCAACCAAAUUGUCAGACUGACCUACCAGUAUCCACAUGUCCUCCAGCGACCAAUUGAGGAAGUAAAGCUUUUGAAGCUUAACAGUAAAGUUGACAAAAAGCUGGAGCAAAUCUUCACAACGGUCGGUGAUAAGAGCUCUGAUGAUACUCGAAAAGAAUACUUUACUGCAGGAAGUCUUUAUGUGAGGACCUACCUAGCCAAAGUGCUAGCUUCUUUCAAUAGCUAG